GGCCGAGCACUGACCCCCCCUCCCCUUACAUUAUUGGCUUGUCUCCGCCUGGUAGAGUUUUCCGCUGCUACGCCGCUGAUUGGCUGGCUGCCAGUGCGCGAGGCUCGGAGGCUGAAGAAGGGGAGCUCUACGACCAGCAAAGAAGCUAAUCUGUUUGAGGAGUAGGGAGGAGGGUAUUGCCGGAUGCUGGAGGAAACAGUAACCCUGGAGUCGGCGAUUAGAAGUUAUGCAGAAGGAAUAUCCUCGUGCUGAAGGCGCUGCAUUUUUUACAGCAGCUCAGAGCAUAACUGCUUUCUUGUGAUGUUAACCGCUGCAGAAAAAGAUGAAAAAACCUUCACUCAAUCAAUGCUUUAAAGCUGUAUUCAAGUUUUGUAUGGUAUUAGUAUUCAUAUUAUGUUUCCUUUACCUCUGUGAAAUGGGAUUUAUUUAUGAAAGCUGUAAUGUCAGAAAGGUCCAUGCUGAUCGUAUGCAGCUGGCCCAGGGGUUUGCCAAGCAAGUGAUACAAGCAAAGUGUCGCCCGUCUUUUGCAAAAACUGAAAUGAGCCGUAUGUUCAACGCAAAAUAUAACAAGGACUUAACGAGUUUUAUGAAGAAAACACAAGACUUCAAUAAAUCGCUGUACACAUAUGGGCCACCCUUUGGUUUCCAUGAAUAUUUUGAUCAGGUUGACAACAUUUUGGAAUUGUUGCCGGAACACGACCUUCCAAAAGUUCUGCAAUCAAAAGACUGCAAGCGCUGCAUUGUUUUAGGCAAUGGUGGAAUCCUACAUGGAUUACAACUUGGACAUGCAAUUAACCAGUAUGAUGUUGUCAUAAGGUUAAACAAUGCUCCAGUACAGGGUUAUGUGCAAGAUGUCGGUGAGAAAACCACUAUUAGAAUGACGUAUCCAGAAGGAGCACCUGUCUCUGAAAAGGAAUAUACCCACAAUAGUCUGUUUGUGACCGUCCUUUUCAAGCAUGCAGAUAUCAAAUGGCUCCAUGCUAUACUGACAAAUGAAACACUGUCUUUGUGGAACAGAUUGUUUUUCUGGAAGAAUGUGCCAGAGAGACUUCCGCUGACAUUAAAUCAAUUUCGUAUCCUCAACCCACUUAUAGUAAAGGAGACAGCCCUUGACAUCCUGCAGUAUCCUGAACCAAACACAAAAUGGAUAGGUUGGGAAAAGAAUGUUCCCACUAUUGGUGUUAUGGCGGUUGUCCUAGCAACCCACCUAUGUGAUGAAGUCAGCCUUGCAGGUUUUGGAUAUGACCUCAGUCAACUGGAUACCCCCUUGCACUACUAUGAUAACUAUUGCAUGCGGGCAAUGAAAAGACAACCCAUGCAUGAUAUCACUAAAGAAAAAAAAUUCCUUCAGACUCUGGUUAAGGAAGACAUUGUCAAGGACCUUAGUGGAGGGAUACAUUGUGCAUUCUGUGAUCCAAUACAGCAGGAAAUCUGAAUAUAAAGACUGUUCUGGACUUACAAAAUGGGAAUCGCAUCUUUGCACGAUUCAUAAAGCGAGAAUCCUUCAAAAUGAAUAUCUGUUUCUUCCUAUCUUAAGCAGCAAUAACUGUCAUCUUCAAACUGUGAAAAAAAAAUCCACAGCUGUAAUUUCAAGCAAGGAACUUCAUUAGUAGAAGGCUGGAAAUAAUCAGGAAUUUUAUAGUAAAUAUAUGACUAUAUAUUUCAGCUAUCUUAUUGCCCCACUGGAGAACAAUAUAUAUGUAUAUUUUUGUUCAAAAACAGAAAAGGAAUUUAUUCUUUGUCAAUACAAGCCCUUCCUAUUUCUAUACAAAUAUGACUUGAAUUCACAGAGACUUUUGACAAAUGGUAAUGUUGAAAUACUAAGUAUUGCUGUCAUUUAAUUCACAGUCAUCUAUGGGUUUUUUGUGUUUGUGGUUGAAACUGCUAAAGCACAAUAGCUAUUAACCAAUGUGCCUAUGUGUUGCUCAGAUACUGCUAACCCACAAUGCAUUGCUUUCAGAAGCAGUUGAGUUAAAACCACACAAUAGACCUGUGGUUUUAUGUAUCUUCUGUUCUUGUUAAUAUUUCUCAUUUUCUCAUUGCUUCUUUGUUGUGGGAAAUCAGAGGGUUAAAUGCAUGUGAAAGUUAAUACAUCACUUCUGGUCUAUUAGUUUUAUAAUGAAAAGCUGCUGUUUGAGUAAAAGAUUGCAUCAUUUGUUUGUGCAUGAUCUUAAAUAUUACUAUUUAUUUUAUAGACUUGACUUUCGUCCUGGUCUUAUUUGUUGUGUUUUUUUAAUUGCGCUAGUCAUUAAAAUAAAUCAUAGUGCCCCCUAUUGACUAUAAAAGUGUGUGUGUGUAUGUGUAUAUAUAUACUAUAUAUAUAUAUACACAUACACAUACAUCUCAAUACAGCAACUCAGGGGUUGUACUCUAUAAACAUUUGAAGUUAACACAUUCCCAAGUGCUCAUUUUCACAAGAGUCUACUUCAAAGUUUUUAUUGUUUGAAAAAAUAUAUAAUCCCUUUAUUACCCAUUCCCCAGUUUUGCAUAACUAACACAGUUAUUACCUUUGAUUACCUUGUAUUUAAGCCUUUUCACACUGCCUCCUUAUUUCAAUUCUAUUUACAGACUUGCAUUUUAGACAAUGAGUGCAGACUCAUGAAUAACUCCAUGGGAGAGAGCCCAGUGUUAUCUAUAUGACACAAAAUGAAUGAGCGGUGUCUUUCUGUAAAAAGCCUUAAAAAUGCCCUAAUAUAAAGGCAGCCUGCAGGAGCUUAGAAACAGCCAGACAUUUAAAUGUUUAAAGGUUAUAACGUAUAUUAAUAUAACAAUGUUGGUUUAGCAAAGCUAGGGAAUGGGUAGUAAAGGUGUUAUCUAUCUUUUUAAGCAAUAACAAUUUUGGAGUAGGCUGUCCCUUUAAGUGUCUGAACUUUAUCUUAUUUCUUUCAGCAAUUUGUAUACAUUAAAGGGACAUAGAGCCCCUGCCUCUAACCUGUGGCUGUAAGCACUCUCUGUGUACUACAAUUUAUUAUAUAUAAUAUAUAUAUAAAGUCAUGGGGUGGGGGCCAUUCAGAGCUAAAGGGAUAUUAUUUUUAAAAUUAUACAUAUGAAAGUGCAACAAUUUAAAUAUUUUUGCAUGAAAAUCUUAAGUAAAAGUUGGUUCUAUUUAAUUAGAAACUAUAAGAAACUUUCUAAUUUACUCCUAUUAUCAAAUUUUCUUCUUUCUCUUGGUAUCUUUAUUUGAAAAGCAAGAAUGUAAGCGUAAAUGCCGGCCCUUUUUUGGUGAACAACCUGGGUUGUUCUUGCUGAUUGGUGGAUAAAUUCACCCACCAAUAGACAAUUGCUGUCCAGGUUCUGAACCAAAAAUUGGCUGGCUCUUUAGCAUAGAUGACGUCUUUUCCAAAUAAAGAUAGCAAGAGAACGAAGAAAAAUUGAUAAUAGGAAUAAAUUAGAAAGUUGCUUAAAAUUGCAUGCUCUAUCUGAAUCACAAAAGAAAAAAAUUGGGUUCAGUGUCCCUUUAAGGCAGCUUUGCAUUAUAUUCAAUAGAUUUGAAGAAAAGCAUUACUGUCUCCAGCCUUUCCCCAGACCCUCAACUCCCCCCCCCCCAAAAAAAAAAACUUGGAUGCAGAUGCAGCAACCAAUGAGAUUUUGUACCUGUUCCAUUAUUGUCAAUGACUGCACACUCCAAAAUGGCUUUACUGCAAUUGUAAGAAAAGGGGAAAAGUGCUUAAUAUUACAUAACAGCAAAUGAUUCCCCAAUAGAGCUUUUUUUUUUCAUCUAAACAAUAGGUUGCAGAUACUACCUUCAGAUUCUGUAGUACAUGCAAUUUAUUAUUAGACGCGUCACAGCUGGCAGCAGUCUGGAAGUUGCUAGAACAGGGUACGUUUCAUUUAAAAUCUACAUGAAUGGAACCAAGUAUAUUAAAUACUUCCCUGUGCUGGGUGCCCCCAGGAAUAUUAAAGUGAUGUACGUAAUGGAUCGUUUUAAUGUCCCUUUAACAAGCGUAUCUUGAUAACAUGUGGUGUCACAGCUCACAGCUGUCUGUAUUACAGAUAAUUAGGGUUGAAGUUUGUUGGGGGGGUAGCAUUAUCAUACUUAUAUAUAAAGACAGUGAUGCACUGUGUAAUACUAAUGCCUAUCUAAAUGUGUAUGUAUCACACGUGUAUAGAAAAGCAAGGAUGUCACUUGAAUGUUAAUCGUACAAAGGGUUUCACAAUGAAAAAAGGCUGAAAACUACUGAUUUUGUUUGUAUAAAAGCAGUUUAUGGUAACUUUAAAACUACCCAGUAGAAUGUUAACUUUAACUAUGUGUUUUCUGCAGCUCAGACCCUCAGUCUCUACUGCAGCUGACACAAUGGAUGCAGCCAGGUUGACCAAUAGGGAGCGUAAAGUAGAUAGUUUAGAAAUCACUUAGAGACAUGAAACCCAACUUUCUAAUUUACUUCUAUUAUAGUUUUUUUCUUUAUUCUCUUGGUAUCUUGUGUUAAAAUCCAAGGACGUAUGCUUAGGAGCUGGACAAUUUCUGGAGCACUUAAUGUCAGCAGUUUUGCAAGAAUGCUAUCCAUUUGCAAGAACACUAGAUGGCAGCACCAUUUCCUGCUAUGUAGUGUUCCAGAUAUCUACCUAGGUAUCUCUUCAACACAGAAUAUCAUCAGGGGUCAGCAACUUUGGCUCUCCUGAUGUUUUGGAACUACAUUUCCCAUGAUGCUCAGACAGCCUAAAGAAUGUCUUAGCGUCAUGGGAAAUGUAGUUCCAAAACAUCUGGACAGCCAAGAUUGCUGACCCCUGAAUAUCAUAUAUAAUAGAAGUAUAUUGGAAACUUUUAUAAAUUGGUAUGUUCUGCCUAAAUCACAAAAGACAAUGUUUGUGUUCCAUAUCCCUUUAAAAGGCAUGAAAGUCACUACUAGUCAAUUGUAAGAUUUUUGUUUUUGCAAAGCUUUUUAAUACUAGAUCUGGAGCUAUGGCUGUCGUGGAAGUGAGGAGAGCACUACCCACCUGGUAUUUUGUUAUUUAUAUCCAAGCAUAAGCGCACAGUUGUGUCACUUUAUUGAUGACAAUUAGACCAUCAUUUGUACAAAAAACAACGUCCUCGUAUUGUAUGUUUUGUAGGUAGGUGGAAAUCACUUCAAACGUUGAUGGUUUGAUAGAACAUGCCGUUUUAAAGAUUUUUUUAAAUGCAUUUAUAUUAGCACGUUUGCUUUGUUCUGUUGCUAUCCUUUGUUGAAAAGUUAAUCUAAAUAAGCUCAUCGGAGCCCAGGAGCCAGCACGUGUCUUUAAAAUCGUAUGGCAGCAGUAUUCGCAACAAUUUAUAACACUACUACAAACAGUGUUUCCAAACACUGCUUCCAUAGGGUUCUAAAGACAGGUGCACUUUCCUGAGCACUUAUGAUCCUACCUAGGUUUACUCUUCAACAAAGGAUACAAAAAGAGCAAAGCAAAUUUGCUAAUAUAAAUAAAUUGGAAAGUUAUUUGAUGAUUACGAUAAUGUAAUUUAUAAGUUUAAUUUUCACUUUACGGUUUCUUUAAACUAGUGCACAGAAUGCACCCACCAAUCAGUGCCAGUCAGAGGUCCUCUCACUCACUUGUAUGUUCUUUUUAACUCAAAGCAGAAUAGGCAUAUAAACAAAGCAAGCCAGAACAACAAACUAAGGGCCAGAUUACAAGUGGAGCGUUAACAUCACUAGAGCGCAAUCCAUACCACUAUCAUAAGUCCAUGGUUAAUAUGCAACGCAGAGGUAUAAUACAAGCUACAGUAUUCAUAUAGGGCAGGUGUGUUCUUUUCCUUAGAUACAAGAUUUCUGUGAGUGCCAGCACUUGAGGUAAUGACAGAUAACGCACAAACACUAGCCCACUGGUUUCCAAACCUGCCCUCAGGCCUCCCCAACAGGCCAGAUUUUCAGGGUUACCUUGGGGGAACAGGUACAAUUACCAUGUUUACUAAUGAGCUGAUUAUUUCACCUGUGCUCCAGUUCAGAUAUCUACAAAAAGUGGCCUGUUAGCAAGGCCUGAGGACAGGUUUGAAAGCCAGCGCACUAGGCAGAUGGAGCACAAAAAUUCUGCUAUUUAUUCUAACCUUCCAUGUUCUUGAAAUUACAAUUGCAAAUGAUAAUAAUCCGUUUUUUAAAGCGCUAAAUGGGAAAGUGGUAUUUCGGAUUGCAUGUAACUGCGACUUGUAAUACAAGUGCCAUAGGUUCGCUUGUACCGAUUCCUAUUGAAUAUAGGGCAUGCUCUUAUGUGUCAGGUGCUUUAAAAAAUUAAUUGGGUAAUACUUUCACUUUUGUUAAAAUGCAUUUUAUCUAACAACGUUCAAUAUCUCAUUGUGCAUUAUAGUUUGCGCAAUGCCAAGUGGGUCAAAAGUAGAGAUUCUAUUUCAGCUGUAAAGCUUAUCUUAGAAUUCAUCUGUCUCCUAUAUGACGUUUCAUGUUCAUUAACUAAACAAAUAUAAAUAUUAAGUUAUUUAUUUGUUGUCAACGUAAAUAAACAAAUCAACAAACUUUGUAUUUGUUCAUUUAGUUAAAGGGACACCAAACACAAUUGUUUUCUUUCAUGAUUCAAAUAGAGCAGCAAUUUUAAGCAACUUUAUAAUUUACUCCUGUUAUCAUUUUUUCUUCAUUCUCUUGCUAUCUUUAUUUAAAAAGCAGCUAUGUACAGCUUAGGAGCCGGUCCAUUUUUGGUUCAGAACCGGGGUUGUGCUUGCUUAUUGGUGGCUACAUGUAGCCACCAAUAAGCAAGCACUAUCCAGGGUGUUUUUUAGAUAAAGAUUGCAAGAGAAUGAAGAAAAAUUAUAAUAGGAGUCAAUUAGAAAGUGUUUAAAAUGUCCUGCUCUAUCUGAAUCAUGGAAGAAACAAUUUGGGUUAAGUGUCCCUUUAAUUAAUAAAUAAUGGGGAAAAUGUGCUUAAAUUUGUGCCUUUUUCAGACAAAAAUGUGCAAUAAUUAUAGCUCACUCUGCAGCAAUUUGUUAUUAAAUAGAUCUGUGUAUGCUGUGUAUUUUUCUGUAUAUUUAGAAAGGGUUUUAUGUCAAGUCUAUUGCAGGCAAUGGAUUUGUAUGUAUUUUGUUCCAGUAUUGCUCCAGAAGUGCAUCAUUAUAGGUUGACACCAGUUGGUGCCUUUAAAACAAUUGUGCGUGAUCGCAGCAAAAUAAAUUGUUUAUAUGUAAGCGUGUUUUAUGUAAAUAUGAUGUGUGUGAAACCAAAAAUGCCUCUAACGUGACACUCUGAUUUAUAAGUAAAUACAUUUUAUUUUUAUUGAUUUCAGUGAACACAAAUGUAUAAGGAUGUAAACACUUCAGUGGUGUAAAAUGAUUUUAUGUAACGGGCAUUAAAAAUGAAUUAUUAUUGAAA